UCGAGGCGGGGCUGCGGAAGAAGCAAGGCACCGGCGGAGCUGCGGGGCCGGGCAGCCAGAGCUAGAGGCUGAGCUAGUCGCUGGGAUCUCGCUCUGCUGCUCCUCCUGCCGAGAACAAGCCCAGCGCUGCUCGGACGGGGCGGCUGCUGCCUGCAGCGCUCGGCAUCCUUCCCGCUCCAUCUCCUGCUCCGGCCGUCCCGAGGGAACAAAGGGCGCCCGGACCCAGCGCGCCAUGCCCGGCGGCCGCGUCUGCUGGAUUCUUCUGCUCCUGCCCCUGUGCAGCUUCGGCGAGAUCGGCGCCCCGAGCCCGCCCAGGCAGGGCUACUUGAUUGCAGUGCCUUCUGUUUUCCGAUCAGGUGUGGAAGAAUCUAUUAGUGUGACUAUUUUUAAUCUAGUCAGGGAGACAACAGUCCAGAUCCAACUCGUCGUCAAAGGAGAGAUGGUGGCUCAUGCCCAUGGAGCAAUUCUAGGUAAAGGAACAAUCAAGCUUAAGGUUCCCUCAGGACUUCGGGGCCAGGCUCAGGUAAAAGUGUGGGGCAACCAUCACUUGGCCGAGGAGGGCUACAUCUUCCACAACUAUACUACCGUGACUAUUGAUAGCAAAGGCGCGUCAGUCUUCAUUCAGACAGAUAAGCCAGUGUACAGGCCAAAGCAGAAAGUGCUGAUCAAUCUGUUUACUGUGAAUCCAGAUUUGCGACCAAUCAACGAGAAGAUUGAAGCUUAUGUGCUGGAUCCCCGAGGGUCUCGGAUGGUAGAAUGGAAAAACCUGAAGCCAAUUUGUUGUGGCAUCCUCAACCUGAGCUUCCCUUUGUCCGAUCAACCAGUAUUUGGAGAAUGGUUUAUAUUUGUAGAAAUGCAAGAAUACACAUACAACAAAUCAUUUGAAGUUCAAAAAUAUGUUUUACCCAGGUUUGAGCUGCGUAUUGAUCCACCACGAUACAUUCGAGACUUUGGAUUUUGUGAAAAGGGAACUGUCCAUGCCAGGUACACAUUUGGCAAGCCAGUGACAGGGAAGCUGACUGUCAACAUGACAGUAAAUGGAGUGGGGUACUACAGACAUGAAUCAGGACAUCCUGUCCUUAAAACCACUGAAAUCGAUGGUUCUGCGGAUUUUGACAUAUGUGUAAAAGACAUGAUGCCUGCAGACAUCCCCGAGCAUUUCAGAGGCACUGUGAACAUUUGGGCCACAGUAACAAGCAUCGAUGGGAGCAGGCAGGUCACCUUCGAUGAUUCUACCCCUGUUCAGAAGCAGCUUAUUGACAUAAAAUAUUCCAGAGAUACUCGGAAGCAGUUCAAAUCUGGUUUGCCAUAUAAAGGGAAGGUUGAAGUCACUUAUCCUGAUGGGAGUCCAGCUGAUGGAGUGACUGUCCGGGUAAAAGCGGAACUCACUCCAAAGGACAACAUUUACACAAGCGAGUUAGUGUCCAGAAGCGGUGUGGUGGAAUUUGAAAUCCCCUCCAUCCCCCCUGCUGUCCAGUACGUCUGGCUGGAGACCAAAGUCACAGCCCUUGAUGGGAAGACUGCUGGAGAUCAGUAUCUACCCAACUACCUGUCGAUCAGCAGCUGGUAUUCACCUAGCAAAUGCCAUAUCCAGCUUCAGAUGCCAGACAGGCCCUUUCUGGUGGGAGAGGAGGCAUGUGUUGCUGUGAAGUCCACUUGCCCGUGUAAUUUCACCCUCCACUACGAAGUUGUAUCACGGGGGAACAUUGUUCUUUCAGGACUGCUGCCUCGAAACAAGACUCGGGAGGGGAACAAAAGAACCGCCACCGGUGCAUCUUCUGACCAUACCAGCUCUUCUGCUCCAGAACUGAAUACCUGCAUGACUUCUAUCUGUUUCUCAGUCACUCCAAACAUGGCUCCCCUGGGCCGUCUUCUUGCAUACUAUGUGCGGGAGAAUGGAGAAGGGGUUGCAGAUAAUCUGCAGUUUGCCGUCAAGCCUUUCUUUGAGAAUCAGGUUUCGGUGGCAUUUUCAGCAAAUGAGACCAGGCCAGGUGACUCCGUAUCUGUUACAGUGCGAGCGGCAAAGGGAAGUUGUGUUUGUUUGGCCACAGUGGACAAAAGCAUUUACCUCUUCAAGCCUGGCUUCCAGCUGACAGCUGACCAGAUCUUCCAGGAACUUGCAGAUUAUGAUGUCUCUGAUGCUUUUGGAACUUCAAAAGAAGAAGGGCAUUUCUGGUGGCCAGGCUCAACACUAAAGAAGCGUCGCCGUCGUUCUUCUAUUUUUCCCUGGCACUGGGACGUUGCCAAAGAUGCCCGCUGUGCAUUUACGGAAACUGGUUUAGUUGCAAUGACUGAUCUCGUCAGCUUAAACCAUAGACAGCAUGGCAGUCUGUAUACGGAGGAGGUUGUGCCUGCCUUCCAACCUCACACUGGGAUGCUGGUGGCUUCUACACCUUCCAAAGCUCAGCCCAGAGCAGACAAGAAGAAAAGAACGUUCUUCCCCGAGACUUGGCUCUGGCAGUGCUUCAAUGUCAGUGAUGUUUCAGGAGAAGCUCAGCUACGUGUUGACGUUCCGGACUCCAUCACCACAUGGGUGAUGGAGGCUGUUGGACUGUCUGAGAGAGGGCUAGGCUUGGCGAGACAGACUGAACUCAAGACCUUCAAGCCCUUCUUCAUUGAGUUCACCCUUCCAUACCACAUAAUCCGUGGGGAACAGGCAAAGAUUCCUCUUACAGUCCAUAAUUACUUACCCAUGUGCUUGGAGGUUCAUGUGAAAAUCUCAGUCGCCAAAGGCAUCAAGUUUGUGGGACAUCCUGGAAAGCAACACCUGACAAGGAAAAAAUGCGUAGCCCCUGGCAAAGCCAAGCCCACAUCUAUUGUGCUAUCUUUUGGUGAACUGGGGCAGAACAACAUUACAGCAAAAGCCUUUGCUUAUAGUGGAAGCAGCUGCUGCCAAGACAACAUUCAACUCACAAAGAAUGGGAAACAUUCUGAGGAUGCCCACAUAGACAAGAGGACUCCUGUUGGUGUUGACUAUGUACGGAGGAGCGUUAUUAUUGAGCCAGAGGGUCUGACCAGAGAAUAUACCUACAGUGUUUUCUUCUGUCCUAACGAGAAAAUUCACAUUUCCACUCCUAAUAAGUAUGAGUACCAGUAUGUGCAGAAACCUGCCCACAUGAUGCGCUUUGAUGUUGCCAUCAAGGCCCACAAUAAUGCCCACAUCGCUUUGUCCUCUGCCCCCCAUGACAUGGCGGAGAUGACUGAAAUUGUCAUUGGUGGGCACCAGAACUCCAAAACUUGGAUCUCUACUAGCAAGAUGGGUGAGCCGGUGGUCAGCACAGAGACAAUAGGCAUCCUUUCGUGGGACGAAUUUCGAAGUUUUUGGAUCAGCUGGGCCCAUGGAGUCAUCCAGGUGGGCCAUGGUUCCUUCACUCUCAAUGAGUCCAUCAUUGUGACUUGGUCCACUUCCAAGCAGCCGGAGGUGAAGUAUAUCGGCUUCUCCACAGGUUGGGGUUCUGCAGGCGAAUUCAAAAUCUGGAGGAAAGAGGAGACGGAUGAGAAUCACAAUGAAGCAUUCACACUGGGCGUUCCUCACAAUGUGAUUCCAGGCUCAGAGAGAGCUACUGCCUCUGUUAUUGGAGAUGUGAUGGGGCCAACUCUGAACAACUUGGACAACCUCCUUCAAUUGCCCUUUGGUUGUGGAGAGCAGAAUAUGAUUCAUUUUGCUCCCAACAUCUUUGUCCUCAAGUAUCUUCAGAAGACCAAACAACUUAGCCCAGAGGUAGAGAGUGAAGCCACCGAUUACCUGGUGCAAGGAUACCAGCGCCAACUGACCUACAAGAGGCAAGAUGGUUCCUACAGUGCCUUUGGGGAAAGGGAUUCCUCAGGGAGCAUGUGGCUAACAGCCUUUGUUCUGAAAUCUUUUGCUCAAUCCCGGGAAUUCAUUUUCAUUGACCCCAAAGAACUUUUAGCUGCCAAGGAUUGGAUCAUCCAGCAUCAGAAGGAAGAUGGCUCAUUUCCAGCCAUGGGCAGGAUACUCAAUAAGGACAUCCAGGGUGGAAUUCAUGGGAAGAUUUCUGUAACAGCAUAUGUAGUAGCAGCUUUGCUGGAAACAGGAGUGACUUCUGAGGAAGAAAAAGGAGCUAUUACCAAAGCACAGCACUUCUUAGAAUCCAACCUGUACUCCGUAGAAGACCCUUACACCAUUGUCUUGACUACCUAUGCUCUCACACUCCUGCGCAGCCCUUCAGCAUCAGCAGCUCUUCGGAAGAUGAAUGGCAUAGCCAUUACACAAGAUGGCUUCACACACUGGAAUAUAAUGGGAACUCUUGCUACUGGUGAAGACACAUUCAUGGGAUUCAGUGAUGGCCUCUCCCAAUCAGUCGUAUCUGCUGAAGUUGAAAUGACAGCCUAUGCCCUGCUGACGUACACUGUGCUGGGAGAUGUUGCAUCUGCGCUGCCUGUGGUCAAGUGGCUAUCUCAGCAGAGGAAUGCACUGGGUGGUUUCUCAUCCACCCAGGAUACUUGUGUGGCCCUCCAAGCUCUGGCUGAAUAUGCUAUCCUGUCUUACAUCGGGGGUGUCAACCUCACCAUUUCACUGGCCUCUACCAACCUGGACUACCAAGAGACCUUUGAGUUAAACAAAGCCAACAAAAAGCUCCUUCAGACUGCUGUGAUCCCCUCCAUUCCCACAGGGUUAUUUGUGAGUGCCAAGGGGGAAGGCUGCUGUCUCCUGCAGAUUGAUGUUUCCUACAAUAUCCCUGAUCCUGUGGCUAAGCCAGCUUUCCAGCUUCUGGUGAACCUACAAGAGCCCAAGCUGAAGAGGCACCGCCGAGCCCCACGCCUACCUAAGCUCGUCUCUGCAGAAGAAAAUCGUUCAGGGGCUCCACGUAGGGACCGGGUUCUGGGGGAUGAUGAUGAUCCUGCCUCCGAUCAGGACCAUCAGGAAUACAAAGUGAUGGUGGAGGUGUGCAUGAGGUGGCUUCACUCUGGCUCCUCCAACAUGGCAGUCCUGGAGGUACCUUUGUUCUCAGGUUUCCGAGCCGACAUCGAAAGCCUAGAAAAGCUACUCACAAACAAACAAAUUGGUCUGAAGAGAUACGAGGUGGAUGGCAGGAAGGUCCUUUUCUAUUUUGAUGAGAUUCCAAGCCAGUGUAUGACUUGUGUCAAGUUCAUGGCCUUCCGGGAAUACAUUGUGGGGAAGACGGCUCCUUUGCCCAUCAAGGUGUAUGACUACUAUGAGCCAGGUUUUGAAGCCACCCGUUUCUACAAUGUCAGCGAAUCCAGUCCUCUGUCCCGUGAGCUCUGCGAUGGUCCCAUGUGCAACGAGGUGGAGAGUAUGGCCAGCCACUGGGUUGGUUUUGUACACACCGGUCCUUGCAACAGCGUCUUUGGCUGCUUAGAGGAUGGCUAUUUUGAGCAGUGCAUGUGUUCCCGGGACUGUGGCUACGACGGGGAGCUGGUGUGUGGCUCAGAUGGUCUUAUCUAUCAGAACCACUGUCAAAUGGAGGUGGCUGCCUGCAGAAACAGCACCCAGAUCGAGCAGGUCCUCAUGGCACAAUGUGUGGUGGCUAAGACCCCUCCAGAAGAGAAAGAAAAGCACUUUCACAGCCUCACAUUUCCUGACAGGAAACUGCAGACACCAACAGAUGAAAGUCCCACCCUUCAGUUGGACUUCUCCUACUACUCCUAUGAAUAUGAGGCAGACCCUUACACUUCUGAAGGAGACGCUUUUGAACUGACAACAGCAAGCGGCACAGAGGCGCUAGAUAACAGCAGAUACCCGGGAGCUGCUGUGAUCACUGGGAAGUGAAUGGUUUCCUGUUCUUGUCUGUAGAAAGCUCCUUCCUUUCAGUCUAACAGAGUCAACUCCACAAGGGAUCCAGGCCAUUUUAUUGUUCUGUGUCUUGCUGACAAAGGAAGAUGGAACUUCAUCUUGCCCUUCCCUUGGCUCUCACAGUAGCCACCUUGCCGCUUUCCCACUUGUAUUGCACAAGCUACGUAGGGCAAGCUGGAAUCCAGACCCUCUUUUGGAGUUGCUCAUUCCCAGAGAACCAUCAUUCAAAUUGACUCUUGUCUUCCAACCAACUCUGCCCAAGUUGUGAGUGGAGAAAGGAUGGCACCGUUGAUCUCUAUGACCCAGGCAACCCCAUUGCAACCAAAGCACAAGAGCUCCAGGUCAUUCGUUUUGUGCAUCAUAUUACUGCACCCCUCUGUCACACACAUACACCCCGCUUAGCCUGGAGGGUGGAAGAAGAGCUUGGACAGAACAGGUUUCCUCUAUUCAAAGGUUGGUGUUGGUGGGAUAGGAAUUGGCUUUCCAGUCUCACCUUACCUUACCUUCCCGGUUAUCCUUUCUCCAUUGUAUGGAAAGAAAAGCAUGUGUCCACCUCAUAUUUUCCAGAGCACUGGAGCUGGUCCACUUCUACCUUCUUCCCCCUCUAAACUUCUCAACCAUGGAUGGUAAACAUGUAGCUUUCCAGAUGUUGCUAAUUACAAACUCUGCACUCCCAAGCCAACUUGGCUAGAGCUGAUGAAUUCUAGGAUUUGUAGUUUGCAAACAUCUGUGGCUACAGCUUCCCCUCCUGUUUUACGUCAUCUGUGACUGAUGGCAAAAUAAGCUAUUUAUAAGUUUGAAGGAGGUCGGAGAAUAUUUUCUAAGGGAAUUGAAGUUCAAGAACUACUACUGCCAGCCCCGGUUCUUCUGCAAUGCAGAUAUGCCAGCCUUGAUGGAACCAUAUGCAAAAAUAAAGGCUGUAUCCAAUAUUUAUUGUAAAACAAACAUUUUUAUUUACCCCAAAUUAUUGUCAAAUGGAACCAGGUUGAUGUGAUGACCCCAAUCUUGACAUAUUUUUAUCUCUGCUCAUUGGGCUUAUCUGUUCUUGCCCACUGUACAUCUAGGCCAGGGAUCUGCAAACUUGGCUCUUUUAAGACUUGUGAACUUCAACUUCCGGAGUUCCUCAGCCAGCAAAGCUGGGAGUUGAAGUCCACAAGUCUUAAAGGAGUCAAGUUUGCAGACCCCUGAUCUAGGCAGAUACCUGUUUGUUCAUUCCAAGUGCUGAGUAGAACAGCCUGUUCCCCAUUUGCUUACGCAUUGCAGGGGUACAGUUUGCUUUUAUGGUUCAGCACAAUUCUUGAGUGAAUUGGAGCAUCCAGGGGUUGGGUGGGAUGGGAGAAGAAGUUUG